UUCCGGAAGGCGGGAUCAGAGCCGGGGGAAGCUCGAAGCCCUCCCGGGGCCUCCCGCUCCCCUGACCCCAGGGCACUGACUUUUGCGUGGUCCCGAGGUCUAGUAGAGAUGGGAGUCAUAAGGGUCCCUCGGCCUCUGGCCGCCGCCCAGCUGGGGUUGUUGUUACUGUUGCAGCUACUGCAGCCGGCGCAGACCGCGGCCGCUGGGACAUCAUCCCACUAUCUGCGGUAUGACUUCGCUAUCGUAUCUCAGCCCAGCCAGGGCCAAAGCUCUUACACGGUCUUGGGCUACUUGGAUGGCCAGCCCUUUGUGUGGUGCUGCCGGCAGGGCCAAAGAGCAGAACCCCGAGCCCCCUGGUCCCAGGUGCAAGGGCCCCGGUCUUGGGAGAGACUGAUUAGAAGCUUGAAGACCGUGGCCCAACGCCUCGUUAUCGACCUGAAAAGUAUGAUGGGAACCAAAGAGACGGAAAAGGUUUGGAAUGGGGAAGCUCCAGGGUCCCACACUUUGCAGGCCCUGGCUAUGUGUGAGUUCCAGGGAAACCAGAGCAAUCCUGGUUUCUGGAGGUAUGGCUAUGAUGGUCAGGAACUCAUCUUGGACUUAGAGAUGCUCAACCUAACUGAAACUGAGUCAAAGAGACAAGAAGAGAUCAGGAAGUACCAGCGAAGAGCAAACCUAGAACAAGACUUCCUUGUGCGGACUUGUCUCCACCCUCUUAGGAAAUACCUUGAAGCUGGGGUGUUGACAUUACAGAAAACAGUUCCUCCAUCAGUGCGUGUCACUCACCAUGGGACCUUCAGUAAGAAGUCAACCCUAAAAUGCAAAGCAUUCAGUUUCUACCCUCCAGACAUCAGUCUGACAUGGCUUCAGGAUGGAAAACCAAUGAUCAAAGGAACCCAGGAGUCUCAAUCUGUCCGACCACAAGGGGAUGGGACCUAUCAGAGUUAUGUGAAUGUUGAAGUACCCUCUGAAGAAGAAUCCAGAUAUGCUUGUCUUGUGGAACACCAGGCACUAAAUGGAACUUUCACUGGAAUCUGGGAGCCACCUCCACCAAAACUCCCUCCAAUCUGGAUCCUUUCGGGAUGCCUAGCCUCUGCACUGGUCUUUGUGGGAACUACAAGUGUCUUUAUCUGGAGGAGAUGGAAAAGGAAAAGAACAGGGGAAGAAGAAGACGACCAAUAUUUGUCUAUGUCAGACAAUAAUCGGAGAGGCCAUUCUUCCUUUUGAGACAUACUGAUAGAAGCUCAAAGAUUUGUGAACGUGAAUCAGCUUCUUCCAGAAAGAUUUACUCCAAAGACUGAUGGAGGAGUAUCCUCUCCCUAGAAUCGGCAAGCUGAAUCUCUCUGCUGCUCCCUCCCAAGCCUUCACUUUGUUGACUUUUUUCUUCAUUUGUGUUGAGAUGUUCUGACUUUGCACUUUAAUAGAAUCUGGCAGUAAGGAUUUCUGAGAUUGUUUGACUUGCCUUUUCAACUUCCUUUGGAACAGAGGAACAAGAGAACAAGGAUUCUGACUGUUAUGGACUAAAAUCUUCCCAUGUCCCAACACCUCAAAGAUCCAGAACUCCCAUCAAGAAGAAUCUCCUAGAACUAGGGGGUUGCCUUUAAACCUCAGGUUAACUAUAUGUGAAGGGAUUUCUGGUACUACAGAUUACUCAGGCAAAUGUUUCUUGGGAGUACUACUAUAUUCCCUUCAUACCCCUUCAACAGACCAGGGACUUGGAUGACUCUUCCUUUUCUCUCAAUAUGAGGACUUCAAAAAUUUGGAUCACAACUCAUCCUUUUGGACCACUGUCCAUGCCCUUUGUUAAAUUCUCCUAACAUGACGUGACAUCUUCCCUAUAGGGUGGAUGAGGGGUCCACUCAACUUUUUUUGGAGAGGGAGUCUUUCCUUUAAGAUUUUGACAUGUAUAAACUGUAAUGGAGCACAUAAAAUUAUUUCUAGCCCUCCUUUAAUAUUGGUACCCAUGUUCCCUUCUCCAAAUACAGUAUUGUGAUUUUUAAUCACCAUUUUGUAAAUUAACCAUAACCAUAAAAAUAAUCAUUUAGU